GCCGGAGAAGAGGAGUACACCUGAAUACACAGCUCACCUGAACCACACGACACUAGUAAUACACGGUUCACACUUUUGAUUAAUUUUAUUAUUAUUAUUAUUACACCACGUACUAUCACUUCCUCACUGUAACGUGGCGGUUCUGUUCGUACCUGGACCUGCGAGGAGGAGGAGAGCUGAGUGAGCAGCGCUUGCUCUCGGACGGUUGUCAGAACGCAGAAGAAGAAGAAGACCGGAAACACACGGACACACGCGCACAGGUGGGACACACGGUUUUCCAUCAGCUCAUUGAGACAUGAACAGACGUGGAGGACUGAGGGGUGCAGGUAGAGCAGAUGAUGGACAGAGGAGAGGUGCUGAAGAUGGUCCCAGAGAAAAUAACUGGAGACAUCCUGCAGUUAGAGGCAGAGGCAGAGGGGACUUCAGAGGAAGAAUCUGGAGAGGUCAGCACAAUGAUAGAAGAGGCGAGAACUUGCAAGACCACAGAGACAGAGAAGAAGGCCCGGGGAUGGAAAGAGAGAACAUGGGUGGGGCUAGAGGUGGAGCCAGAGCCAGAGGUGGGGCAAGGGGUGGGGCAGGACACAGGGGUGGGGCCAGAGGUGGGGCAGGGGCUGCGGGCAGGGGUGGAGGUAGAGUUGGAGACCAGGGUAGUGGGAAUGGAAGAGCACUACCCAGGGGUGAAAAACCUGAGGUCCGGAGACUGGGACCCAAAGCCCUGGAAGAGCUGUUGGGGAAAGAUGCGUCGGAAGUGGCCAUCACUCUGUCAUCUAGUCCAGGGCUGCAGGCUCUGCUGGAUGAGAAAACAAUGGGUCACAUCCUAGUGCAACUGCUCUGUCAGGUUCUGAGCAAAGCCAUUAGUUCCAGAAUUGAUCGGCGAAUCGUGCAGCACUUAGCUGGAGUAAUUAAGGACUCCACUUUCAUUCGGACAAUACUCCCUCACUAUAUCGCGGGUAUGAUGUCGGACAGUAUCCCGGCCCGCAGGGCACAGUACCCCCAGCACUUGGAGAACAUAAUCAGCCUUCUGUCAGAUGUAGUCAGGAUCUUCCCAGCAAGUUCUGUCCAAGUUAUCUCCAUGCUUGUGGCGCUCCUGAAGCCGACCAUCAACGAGUUGCGAGCCUCCGGUGUAACAAUACCCAACAACAUUGAGGAGAACCUGGAGAAGGUAGAUGGCUUGAUAAAUCACCUGAAAGAAAAGGCAAGGGAUGGUACUCUGAGGUCAGACAACUACACUUUCCUUGCCAAUGAGGAUGCUGCACCACCAGGAGAGGGACAUUUCCGGACCAUCACCAUCUACCCAUCACCGGAGGAGAUCCAUCAAAAUGAAAAACCAUUCCUGCGGCCCAACAUCACCACCCGCAGCUACCUCAGCAGCGAAAUCUAUCUGGACACCCACUUCCGCCUGCUGCGGGAAGACUUUGUCCGUCCUCUGCGUGACGGCAUCAGGCAGCUGUUACAGAGUUACCAAGACGAGCGUCAAGGACUGGCACCCACGAAGGCCCGACGCUUUGAUGAGAUUAGGAUGUACCUGGAUACUCGCAUCAUCGUACCUCUGUGCACUCCAACAGGAAUUGCCUACAAAGUUCAGUUUGACUCUCGUCCAUUAAAGUUUGUUCGCUGGCAGAACUCCAAACGGCUGCUGUAUGGCUCUCUGGUCUGCCUAUCUCGGGACAACUUUGAGACCCUGCUAUUUGCCACGGUGUCUGAUCGGUCCCCGGAGGACCUGCAGAAAGGGCUGGUUCAGCUCAGCUUCUCUCAAGACAGCCGGCCCGCCCUAGCUGAGCUGCAGGUGUCUGACUCCUUCCUCAUGGUGGAAACUACAGCAUACUUCGAAGCUUAUCGCCACGUCCUAGAGGGCCUACAGGAGGAAGAGGCAGAAAACCUGCCCUUCCAAAGGUACAUAGUGGAAUGCAACAAAGAGAUCCGAUCUCCUGCCUACCUCACAAUGGGGGAGGAGUUUGUCUUGAAAGCCAUUGCGGCUAAAGGGUUUGAGAAGAGCAUGAAGCCCUUCAGUGUCCUGGACCAGGGAGCCUGGCCCAGCAUGGAGCAGCUGGGACUGGAUGAGUCACAGAUGAGGGCCCUCAAGCUGGCGCUCACCAAGGAGCUUGCUAUCAUACAGGGGCCACCAGGCACAGGUAAGACACAUGUUGGCCUGAAGAUUGCCCAGGCUCUCCUGACAAAUUCUCAUGUUUGGAAGAUGGAUGUGGCCACCCCACCUGUGCUGGUGGUCUGCUACACCAACCAUGCUCUAGACCAGUUCCUGGAAGGGAUCCAUGGAUUCCUGAAGGAAGGCAUUGUGAGGGUUGGCGGGCGCAGCAACAGUGAGGUCCUGAAGCAGUUCACUCUUAGAGAACUCACUGGAGGCCCGAACUUCCGACGCAGCCUCCCUGCCCACCUGCGCCGUGCCCACUUUGAAAUCAGCACAGGUCUAGCACAGGCGGAGCAACGCAUCCUGGAGCAGGCCAGCCAGCUUGAGUGCAGCCUUCGUGGAAUCCUCCGUGAGGAGUUCCUAGAAAAGUUCAUCUCUGAAGACCACUGGGAGAGCUUGAACAACAGUCCUAUGUCAGAUGGCUUUCAGACCUACGGGAAGAAGACAUCCAUGAUCUUGGAGUGGCUAGGCUUGGGUUCCUCAGCUUUUCAGCAAAGGGCUCCACAGCCAGGUGUCAUCGAUGCUGAGGAGGACGAGGAGGAGGAACAACUGCAGGAGGAAGAAGAGCUGGUGGAUGUGGAGGAGGAAGCAACACUAAUCCAGAAUGAGCGAAUCAUUGAAGACUCAGAGUUGCAUGAAAAAGUCCUCCAAAAGAAGAAGAAGAAGAAAACAGACCUGGCAGUGAAGGAGCUGGCCAAAGUGAUGCUCACGCUGAACCUGGACAACAAAGAUGAACCUGUCCAAAACCAAGAUGACUGGCAGAUGCAGCGUGAUCAGAAGCGUAAGCUGAAGCAGAGGAUACGCAAGGAGCUGGCAAAGACCACGGCCUUGAGCGAGGAGGAGGAGGCGAGCAUCUAUGACGUGUGGACUCUCAGUCUGCAGGAGCGCUGGAAACUCUACAGGCUGUGGGUGAUGCGCUACCGGACAGACAUGCGCACCCGGGCUCUGCAGUCGGAGAAGGUCUACCAGGACGCAGCCGAGCGCCUGGCUGAGAUCCGAAUGCGUCAGGACCUGUGUGUGCUGCAGGAAGCUCGUGUCAUUGGCAUGACCACCACCGGGGCAGCCAAGUACCGGCGGGCCCUGCAGGAGGUGCGCCCAAGGCUGGUGAUUGUGGAGGAGGCGGCCGAGGUGCUGGAGGCCCACAUCAUCACCACCCUGAGCAGAGCAUGUCAGCACCUCAUCCUCAUCGGGGACCAUCAGCAGUUGCGACCCAGUGCCACCGUGUACGAGCUGGCCAAGAAUUUCAACCUGGAGGUGUCGCUCUUCGAGAGGCUGGUCAAGCUUGACUUCCCCUACGUCCGACUCAACUACCAGCACCGCAUGCGGCCAGAAAUAGCACGCCUGCUGACUCCUCACAUCUACACGGAGCUGGAGAACCACCCGUCUGUUCUGGAGUAUGACAACAUCAAGGGGAUUCUCUCAAACUUGUUCUUUGUGGAGCAUGAAUUUCCCGAGGAGGAGAUCCAAGAUGGACGCAGCCACCAGAAUCGCCACGAAGCCCAGUUUGUGGUAGCCCUAUGUCAGUACCUCCUGUAUCAAGACUACAAACCGUCACAGAUCACCAUCCUCACGACGUACACUGGGCAGCUGCACUGCCUGCGCAGAAUGCUUCCAGCCUCACGGUUUGCUGGGGUCAAGGUUCAUGUGGUAGACAAGUACCAAGGGGAAGAGAAUGACAUUGUCUUGCUGUCACUGGUGCGCAGCAACCCGGAAGGGCGUGUGGGAUUCCUGCAGAUUGCGAAUCGUGUCUGUGUUGCCUUGUCCCGGGCCAAGAAGGGUCUGUACUGCAUCGGGAACAUGAGCAUGUUGGGCCGAGUCCACCUGUGGAGCAGCAUCUUGCACACGUUGCGGGAACACGGCCAGAUGGGCCAUCACCUGACGCUCUGCUGCCAGAACCAUCCGGAGACACGCAGCCUGGUCUCUUGUGCUGAGGACUUCAAGCAAGCGCCUGAGGGGGGUUGUCGCCGAGCGUGUGACUUCCGCCUGCCCUGCGGCCAUGUGUGCACCCGUGUAUGCCACCCAUAUGAUCCCGAGCACAAGAAUUUUGAGUGUAUGAAGCCUUGCCCCAAGGUGCUGUGUAAGCUGGGCCACCGCUGCCCUGCCCGGUGCUACCAGGAGUGCCCUGACUGCCCUGUGCUGGUGCAGAAAGUCAUCCCAUCCUGCCAGCAUGAACAGAUGGUACCCUGCCACCAAGACCCAAGCGAUUUCAUUUGCCAGGAGCCCUGCAAGAAGAAGUUAAGGUGUGGGCACCCAUGUGUCUCGGUAUGUGGUGAGCCCUGCACCACGCACUGCAUGGUACAGAUCACAGUGGAGCUGGACUGUGGGCAUUGCCAGGAGGUGUCUUGCCACCGAUCUGGGCCGGGUGUGAGGCCACCGGCAUGUAAAGUGCCGUGCCGCGUGAUACUGAAGUGUGGUCACCCCUGCCUCGGGACCUGCCACAAGUGCCAUCAAGGCCGUAUCCACCAGGCCUGUUCGAAGCCCUGCCGCCGGCCCCUUGUUUGCUCACACCUGUGCCUGGAGCCCUGCACGGAUAAGUGCCCCCCCUGUCAGAUCCCGUGCCAAAACCGCUGUGUGCACAGUGUCUGUCCGAAGCCCUGUGGCAAACCCUGUGCGCCCUGUGCGGAGCCCUGUGCUUGGCAGUGCCCUCAUCAGCGCUGCACCAAGCUGUGCCAUGAGCCCUGUGACCGGCCACCGUGCAACCAGCCCUGCAGCGAGAUUCUUGAUUGCGGACACCCCUGCAUCGGGCUCUGCGGUGACACAUGCCCUGAAAAGUGCCGCAUUUGCAACCACGAUGAGGUAACAGAAAUAUUCUUUGGCAUGGAGGAUGACCCCCUGGCCCGCUUUAUUGAGCUGGAAGAUUGUGGACACAUCUUUGAAUCAACUGCUUUGGACAAAUACAUGAAUCAGGAUGAGGAGGCUGUGGAUGACCAGGACCAGCUCGCCAUUCGCCUUAAAGAGUGCCCCAAGUGUCGUACUCCCAUCCGCAGGAAUCUCCGCUAUGGUGCUCACAUCAACCGCUGCCUCGCUGAAAUCGAGAAGGUGAAGGCAGUGCUCAAUGGUUGUCCAGAGGCUCUUGGGAACGAGAGGAAGGCCCUUCUGGACCGUCGGCAAAAAAUGGCUGUAGUGUCUCUCUAUGAUCUGAGGAAAUAUGGCGACUUGGCAAAACGGCUCACAGAGGGUGAUCUGAACUUGCAGAACCUGUGGAUGCUUGAGAAUGAGAUGGCUUUCCUGGAUAGAUUUGAUAAGGUCAUCAAGCCAAUGGUGAAAAACAAAUCCAGUGUGCACUGGGAAGUCUUUGCUUUGCGUCUUGAGGAGUUCCUGGGGUGGCUGGAACACCCUAACCAGAGAUUUUUGGAGCAACAGAUCUCUGACUUGCAGGAUGAAGCCCAGAGGCUCAUCUACCUGGCCAAACUCAAUAUAUGCUGUGACAGGGCCAUGUACAAGUUAGAAGAUGCUACUUUAAAAACAAAAGUACAGGAUCUAAGGAAAAUUCUGGAAGGAACCUCUCCGUUCACUCAAAAGGAUGAGAUGUGGGUGAAGGAGGAACUGAAAUGCCUAGAGAAGAAGCUGCCAGGAGGGCUGGGCAUUACCAGUGAGGAGAGGGUGAUGAUCGUCCAGGCCAUGCAACUGCCUAAAGGCCACUGGUACAAGUGCCCCAAUGGCCACGUCUAUGCAAUCGGGGACUGUGGGGGGGCUAUGGAGAGCCGGAAAUGUCCGGAGUGUCCCGCCACCAUUGGUGGUGCCAACCACACUUUAAGUACAGGAAACGCAGUGGCAUCAGAGAUGGAUGGAGCUCAACAUGCUGCCUGGUCGGACGCUGCCAACCUUUUGAACUAUGACUUGAACAGACUAAGACUGUGACCUCAGAAACACUCAACACGGAAUCAGGGCAUUUUUUUUCUGAUUGGAUUCAAAGUAGAGUCUGAGUGGCAUUAUAGUCACUGCUGGUACAAUAUACAGUGAAACGAAGCAACGUUCCUCCAGGACCAUAGUGCUACAUAAAAAAACAACACACAGUUACCUACACAGACUACAUAAAGUGCAUGUGUUCAAGAUGCGUGCAAACAGUGAAUCACAGUACAGUAUUUCCCAAACAGGACAACAGGCACAGUAAAGGACAGUUCAGCGCCGAUCAGUAUGCAGUUCUGGUGUGGAGUAAAGUGCAAGAAGAUAUUACAAUAUAAUAAUAAAUGCUGUAAAUAUAAAAAUACUAGUUAGAGAGAAAUCUAACUACAAAUCAUGAUACAAGAUGCAAAUGCUAGUCCUGCUCAUUAGAGUCAUUCAGUAAUUAAUUAAUUAAUACCUCCUUCCUGGUGGAUGAACGUUUGAUUUAGAAUGAAUUGGUCAACAAUCAACAGGAGUUGUGUGGAGACAAAGAUUUUAUUUUCAGUGAUUUUUAGAUGUAAUUUUAAUAUAGUUUAAAGUUGCUGUACCUAAUAAGUAGAAAUAAAUUAAGGGAUGUCUCUAUAUUCAUCCCUCAAAUAAAAGGGUCUUGCACAAUGAAAAAUUGCUACAAUGGCUUGUAAAAAUAUCUUUCUCUUCUGCUUGUGUUUCUGUUAUACUGUCAAUUCAUGUCCAUAUGUGUCUUUAGCACAAUCAUUAAAAAGGCACAACAUGCAGUACAACCACACGUUUGCCCUCAACCCCACAUAGGUGGUUACCUUAUCAUUCAGCUAAAUAAACAUGGAAUAAAUGCUCAUGGAAACGGUUAAGAAAAGUCCAGGGCACAAUAAAGUAACUAUGCAGAGAAACUUAGUAAUGCUCAGUGAGAGGCUACUCAGGAGAACAGUAUCCUAUCUUAAUGAAAUUUUCAGCCAUGAAUUAAUGUAAUAUCACAACUGAAAUGGGAGAUUUGAUAGCAUGCAUUCCAGUCAUACAAAAAGCUUUAAUAACAAAAUAAAGUCUUAUUCUCACGGGUGGCACGGCGGCACAAC